AUGGUGUUCUCUUAUUCAACUGAGGAUAUGUUUCGGCUGAACGCUGAUUCUGAAGGUUUGUGCAAUAAUGUUCUUCGUAGUGAAUUAACAUCUCCUUUUACAAAUCCUACUUCACAUGAAUUAUUAGUUUGGAAUCGUAAACAAUUAUCAUAUUCAGAUGUACAAAAAUUAGCUGCACAUUUUGGUCUAGCGAAUCCAUGCUGUUUAAUUCAUCGCCUAGCUGUAAUAAUUGGCAAUCUUUUUGUCUAUAAGAAUUGUGAUCUCUCUGAAGUCAUUCUGCUCAUCAAAUCAAUGUUCAAUGAAUUCCAUAUUGAAUUAAAACUUCGAUAUGACCGGCUGAUCUGCUUGCCAUCAUUAUCAUUAUAUGAGGAGGUAUAUCGAAAUGUUGUAUCAGAUUCUACGGAAACAACUUCAUCAUUCAUAGAUAGUGAUAGGCCUAAUUUGAUGCCAUGGAAUCAAAGUUCAAUGAUGUCUGCUAGCGAAUUAAAAUUCAAUGAUUGGCUAGUUGAUGUUUGCUAUAGUUUGGAUUAUGUUUUGAACAGAUUUAAUGCGUGUAUAUUAAAGGCUCGUGAAGGUGAACAGAAUACAACAUCAAAGAAUAAUAAAAUUCCUUCGCAAAGUGUCAGUAGCAACGAUGAAGAUGAAGAUGGUGAAGCAUUUUUUGACGCCUACGAUGAAAGUCAUUCAUCAUAUCAUGAUGUUGAAAAUUCUCAACAAAACUCCCAAUGGUUGGAUACAUGUUUCCCACAUCCUCAAUUGUCAGACUGGUAUUCUUCUUUACUAAGAAAACUUGAUGAAAAAGUGUACGAUUUACUAAGCAUUCGUUCAAUGAAAUCAAUGUCAAGUGAAGAAAAAACUUCGAACAAUAAUAAGUCCAGUUUUCCCUACUCGGUAUUCUGUGAUGUACUAGCACUGAUUUCUCGAUUGUCAACUGAAAUAACAUGUUUAAAUGAAUUAAUUUCGAAUGCGAUAAUUUGUGGCCAUGGUGAUUUGUUAUCAUCAAACUCAUUUCUAGACGCCUUGUGCCAUUUAUCCAGUAAUAUGAAUUUAAAAGAAAAAGACAAUUGUACAUUCGAACCAUACAUAUUCGGUAGUUGGAUUGAUCUGCCUUGGACUAAAGUUUCUACUAAUAUGAUCUUAGCAUUUCUUAAAACUCUAUUUGACAAAUGUGUGCCUGCUGAAUUAGCUGACAGUGAAGUAGGCAAAUUCCAUUUCACCAGUGUACCACAAACGUGGAUACCACCGAAUCGUCCAGUUGACCUAAGACGUCCAGAUAUGGAAGUGUAUAUAUUUUAUACUGAAUUAGGUUAUCCUAAUCCAUUAGUUAGUCGUUUAGGUUCACAACGUCUAUUCAUUGAAUUGGCUUAUGAUAAAAAGACAUCGAGUUAUACACAUUUAAAAAUGGCUGGAAGUUUUAGUCAAGAUACACAAUUCUUUUAA